AUGGUAGCAAUUUCCAUAACACGAAUUCACGAUACUUCACUUCCUCAUUUCUCAACUGAUAGCACUAAUAACGAGAACAAUGAUCUAUCUACCUAUUGCGAACCUAACGCAGGCAUUGAUAUUCUUGUGCUCUCUUUCUUGGAUAUAUACGGCUUAACAGGAAAUAUCCCUUCUGGUAAUAUCGGAAACUACGGUUAUAUCGGCACGACUGUAGCUACUUGCCAGGAAGCCGGCAUUAAGAUAAUUUUAUCAAUUGGAGGCGCAGGUAGCUCUUAUUCUGUUCAAUCUCUGUCCCAGGCUGUGGCUAUUGGCAAGUAUCACUGGGAAGCCUACGGCUACUCCGGUAGUACUUCUGUGCAACGACCAUUUGGUAUUGUUUUUGUAAAUGGCUUUGAUUUUGACGUUGAUUUAAAUGCUGGGAACCAGUUUUACCAAUAUUUAAUCUCAACUCUCCGGUCUAACUUUGCCAGCGAUCCCACGAAUACAUACUACACUACGGGUGCCCCACAAUAUUUCAGCUCUGAGUUUGAUUAUCUCUGGAUUCAAUUCUACAAUAACAACGGCGUACCCGCCAAUACUCUCGCUGCCAACGGCAAUGCCGGCGGCGCGAUUUACUACGCCACGCCCUCUCAAUUCGCCUCUACUGUCCAAGACACCAGAUCUAGCCCGGCGUUCGGUGGGAUAAUGAUGUGGGAUGCUGGUUACUCUGAUGCUAACGUGAACAACGGAUGCACCUAUGCGCAAGAAGCGAAGAAUAUUCUCCUAGCUGGUUCCCCGUGCGGUGGCUCACUACCUGUCAGCUCAAGCCUCUCGACGACCACGGCGAAACCCACCAAGUCCGCCACUAGCACCAGAUCAGUCUCGGGAACGAGUCCAACAGGCACAGUUCCCCAAUGGGGCCAGUGUGGCGGCGAGGGGUACAUAGGUCCAACUCAGUGUAUCCCCCCCUUCAAAUGUGUGGAAUCAAGCCAAUAG